AUGCUACUUUUAUUUAUAGACUCUCUCACUCUCUUUUUCUCUCUAUGUCUCUCUCUCUUUCUCUGUCUCUCUUUUUCUCUCUCUGUCUCCCUGUAUCUGUUUCUCACCCUUUCUCUUUCUCUGUCUGUCUAUCUCUUUAUUUCUCUGUCUCUCUGUCUGCCCCCUCUCUCUCUCUUCCUCUCUCUCUCUCUCUGUCACUCUCCCUCUUUAUCUUUCUCCCUCUGUCUCUUUCCCUGUAUCUUUUUAUGUCUCUCUCUCUCUCUCUUUCUGUCUCUCUCGCUGUCUUUCUCCCUCUCUUUUCUCUCUAUCCCUGUCUCUGUUUUCUUCCCUGUGUUUCUCUCUCUGUCUGUCUUUCUCAUUCUCUUUCUCUCUCUCUCUGUUUGUCUGUCUCUUUCUUCCUCUUUCUCAGUCUGUCUGUCUGUCUAUUUCUCUGUCUGCCGCUCUUUCUCUCUCUGCCUCUCUCCCUCUUUAUCUUUCUCUCUCUGUAUCUUUGUAUGUCUCUCUCUCUCUCUCUUUCUGUCUGUCUCUGUAUUUCUUUCUCUCUCUAUCUCUAUCUUUUUCUCUCUGUCUCUGUCUGUCUUUCCGUUUUUCUUUCUCUCACUGUCUGUCUCUGUCUGUCUCUCUCUGUCUGUCUCUCUCUGCCCCUCUCCCUCUUUCUCUCUCUGUCACUCUCCCUCUUUCUCUCUCUGUAUCUUUGUACGUCUAUCUCUCUCUCUCUUAUUUUCUAUCUCUCUGUCUGUCUGUCUUUCUCUCUUUCUCUCUGUUUCUCCUUCUGCCUUACUCUCACUCUCUCUCUCUCUGUAUUUCUCUCUCUCUCUCUGUAUUUCUCUCUCUUUUUCUCUCUCUUUCUCUUUCUUUCUCUCUCUUUCUCUCUCUCUCUAUAUAUAUAUAUCUAUCUGUAUUUUUGAGCCGACUGGCUGGAAAACUCAUAUCUCUUACUCACUCUCUCUCUCUCUCUCUCUCUCUCUCUCGCUCUCCCUCUCUCUCUCUUUUUCUCUCUCUCAUUUAUUGCUUUACACCUCUUUCUUUCUCUUUCUCUCUCUCUCUUUUAUUGCUUCAUAUCUCAUCAUCAUCAUCAUCAUCCUUCGACCUCCCUAUCGUUGGUCGCAACUCCAUUGA